AUGGAGGAGAGGAACACGGCGUGGAGAGAGCCGAGCUACGACGGGCUCUGCAACUACGCCCAAAAACUGAGCUCCUGCUUCGGGCUGGACGGUAAGAUGAAGGCGGAGGAGAUGGAGGGGAGGGGGUUGUUUGUGUUUCUUCUGGACGUCGUGUUUUUGACGCAGAGAUCAGUCUCCUGUUUGCUGAGUGUGUCUGUGUGUGUCUGUGUGUGUCUGUGUGUGUCUGUGUGUGUCUGUGUGUGGAUGUGUGUGUCUGUGGGUGGAUGUGUCACAGUGAGUACAGAGUGGAUGAAAGUGGAGGACGGAGCUUCACUGCAGUAAAAAACUCGUCCUGUGAGUCUGAAUGUAGAGCAGUAACCUCACUGCUGCACCUCAACUGUCCGGAUGAAUAAAUGAGUGAGUGAGUGAGUGGAUGGAUGAAUGGAUGGAUGGAUGAAUGGAUGAAUGGAUGGAUGGAUGGAUGAAUGGAGGUGCUCUCCAAAUGUAAGUUGGGUCGUCGGUAGAUGUCAGUCGUAGUUUUUCACAGCCAGCAGCUCCGGCCAAUCGCGUGUCGGCAGACAAAGUCAUUAAAUUUGAAGCGUUUCCACUCAGAGGAGAUUUUGUGCGUCGUCAUUGUGCGCUGCGCUCUUCACUGCGCCUCAGUGACCUUUUUCAUUUAGCAGAGAGCUGUGAUUCGCUGUAUCUGUUUGAUGGAUAUUACAUAUCAGCGAAUGUUUCUAAUACGAGUCAAAGUGGAGUCGCUCUCUGCGGAGGUUUAUGGUUUUAAAGUCUGAACUCUGUUUCGAAGAAAGAUCAUCUCCUGUGUGACUUUGAGGACAAGCAGCUGAAGAUGUUUGUUUCAUGGAUUUGUGUUGUAGAAAAACUCUGAGGAUCAAAAAAAAAAAAUCAUCCAGAGGAUUAAAAACUCAGAGACAUGAUUUGGAUGAAGGUCCAGCUGAUGAAUCUGAACGUCUCUGAUGUUGGAGCUGAAGCCUCCUGCUGUUUGUGCUUCACUGGGUUGGAUGACCUUACUGGUUGGUGACCUUGUGAAGGACUGGCAGAUGCCCAGAGCGAUCUGCCCCCCAGUGUUUGUGUGACGCUGCACAGUCCACACACACACACACACACACACACACACACACACACACACACACACACACACACACACACACAUUAGAGCUGCACACUGCGAUGUUCAGUCAGGACCACUUUGCUGUAGUUACUCGCAUUCAUAAAUGAUAUUUGGUUCAUGUUGGUCUGGUUCUGUUGGGAGGAACCAGCGAAGGACGGUCAGCUGAAGGUUUAGAGAGAACGCUGAACUGAUCAGCUGAUUUAUGGAGGUCCACCUGACCUUUUGAGAGCUCAGUUUUGGUCCAUUUUCAGAAAAGUAUGAAGAACAUGAAACAUCAAAUUAAUUUUGUUUUUUUCAGAAACUUAAUUUCCAAAUCGAACAUGGACAGUUCAGACCGUAGGGUUAAAAAACACUUUAAUGUUUUCUCUCAAACAAUCACAGUGUCGUGGGGAAAACAGGCGCAGUCGGAAACAUGCUGUGAUCGUGGUUUUGAUUGACAGCCGGCCUUCUGAGGUGCAAAAAUAUUUUAAAAAGGUACUUACAAAUAAGUUACAAAUUUUAGAAAUGGUCAAAACUCUACUUUCAAAAAAUUCAAGGCAACAAAAUAUUGGUAAUAAUAAUAAUAAUAAUAAUAAUAAUUCUAAUAAAAAUAUUUAUAUUGUUAUUAAUAAUAAUUACAACAAUAAUAAAAAUAUUUAUAAUAAUAAUAGUAAUAAUAGUAAUGAUGAUGAUACCAACAAUAAAAUAAUAAUAAUAAUUAUAAUAAAAAUGUUUAUAUUAUUAUUAAUAUAAUAACAACAAUAAUAAAAAUAUUUAUAAUAACAAUAAUAAUUAUUAUUAUUAUAUUAAUAACAAUAAUAAUAAAAAUAUGUAUAAUAAUAAUAAUUAAAUAAUAAUAAUAACAACAAUAAUAAAAAUAUUUAUAAUAAUAAUAAUAAUAAUAGUGAUAAUAAUCAUAUUAAUAACAAUAAUAAUAAAAAUAUUUAUGAUAAUAAUAAUAGAAUAAUAAUAAUAACAACAAUAAUAAAAAUAUUAAUAAUAAUAAUAAUAACAACAACAAUUAUAAAAAUAUUAAUAAUAAUAAUAAUAAUAAUAAUAAUUAAAAUAAUGAUAACAAUAAUAAAAAUAUUUAUUAUAAUAAUAAUUAUAAAUAUAAUAAUAAAAACAAUAAUAAUAAAAAUAUUAAUAAUACUAACAAUAAUAAUAAUAAUAAAAAAUAAUAAUAAUAAAAAUAUUAAUAAUAAUAAAAUAAUAAUAAUAAUAAUAAUAAUAAUAAUAAUAAUAAUAAUGAUAAAAGCCAACAAAGGAAGAAUUCUGCAAAAAAGAAAAAAAAAAGAUUAAAAAAAACAGCAGCAAGACAAAAAUCGAGUAAGCAGUAAAGUUCAGGAAACUUCAGACUGAAGAAAAGAGUCAGGUGGUCCAGUUUUAGACCCCCCCCCAUAAUUACUCUGAUUAUUCAGACAGGUGAGAGACAAAGAGUCUGAUUCUGGUCUGAAUCAGUUACUUUGUUUAAACAGGUCAUUUUUUUGGACAGGUGAGAAUAAAUCAUUCCUGAUUCCUACCGUGUUUAUAUCCCCCCCCCCCCCCCCGGUCCCCUCGUGUGGAGCCUCUAACCCCACCCUGAAGAUAAUCUGAGGCCACGUCAGCUCUAAGCUCCUUAAGACUCUGUGCUGGGACUGAAGACGCUGCUGAUUAAGCUUCUUUCCCCCUCAGCUCCACCUGCAGCAGAACGCUCCGUCAUACCUGCUUCCUGCUGUUUGGCGCCAUCUCCUCCAGCUGGAUCUCGGUGCAGCAUCGUGACCUCUGGAGAGGUUCUGAGGAGACGGGGGACAGGUGGAGAGACUCUUAGGAGAAGGUUUUACCUGAGGGGGGGGUUAGACCUCACUGGGUCUGAGGAUGACUUCAUGAUCAGCUCCUCUUCCUCUGAACGCCGCUGUAAAUGCCUCAGCAAAAACCCUUCGCCUUCAUCGCCUGGAGCUGACGGGUCCUCAGAACCGGUCUGA